AUGGAAUCCUAUCAGACUCAACCCAGGCCAACGGUCCUAAUUACCGGAAUAAAUGGCUUCAUCGCAGCUCAGGUCGCAGCUGCAUUCCUGCGUGCUGGCUAUUCCGUCCGAGGAUCGUAUUGGUCCCAGAACCCCUUGCCUAGCCAACUUCUGGAUGCAUUGCAUAAGGAGACUGCUGGCGGCAAUGAUCAUGAAAACUCCUUCGUUGAGGUGGUCGAGGUGGAGGAUAUUACCCGUCCAGGUUCAUUCAACCAAGCAGUAAAGGGAGUUGUUGCCGUAUGCCACCUUGCUUCACCCAUAUCACUUGAAUUUACCGACCCUGAGCCCGUCAUGCGUGCAGCCGUCGAGGGAACACUUUCACUGCUUCACUCUGCCCUGGAGCAUGCUGGUCCUCAACUCAAAGCCUUUGUUCUUGCCGGUUCAUCAGCGGCUAUGGGGCUUCGCUCCCCCGAUGACAAGACUUCUUCAUUUACAGAAGAGAAUUGGAACGAUGCUGCUGUGAAAACGGCUCAAGAGUUGGGGAAAGACACUCCAGGCCGUCUUAUCUAUGCCGCCAGCAAGACUGCCGCGGAACGGGCAUUUUGGAGCUUCCAUCAGAAGACCCAAGGUCAAAGGCUUUUUUCCAUGACCGCCGUCAACCCCGCCACCGUGUUUGGCCCACCUCUUUACAUGCCUCCACGGCCGGAUCUGCUGAGUCCUUCAAUCCGAAUUCUAUAUGACACUGUGGUCGAGGGUAAGGGCGUCUUAACUGUUCGGGGCGGAGGCACCGUCAUGUCCUCUGUUGAUGUCCGCGAUGUGGCUCGCUUGAUGCUUUGGGCAGCCGCACAUUCCCAUGAGGCAGAUGGGCAGCGUUACCUCGCCUGCGCUUGGGAUGCAGCCCCCGGGCUUAUCAGCAAAAUCCUGUCAAAGAAUUUCCCGCAACUCUCGCUCCCUUUGGACGAAAUCAAUGGGCCUACCUCUAUUUCCGAUGGUGGCAAUCCUCUCUACAAUGGCGACAAGGCUCUAAAGGCUACUGGGCAGGACUGGAUUGGGCUUGACAAAAGUAUUCUGGAUACUGCGUUUUACUUUCUGUCCUCGCAGUCAUCCACCAUCGUCGCAUAA